UUAUUAUUAACAAUCUUCAUCACAAUUAACUCCUCAAUUCAAUUGUAUUCCCCUUUUGGUUAUGUAACACACGAUUUUUGUCACAAUUGUUCGACUUGUCAACAUAACCUCACUUUUCUGCUCACAAUUUCUGAUUAUUAAUUAACAAAAAUGGGAGGACAACUGCACCGAGUGUUGAGACCCUUCCGGUGGUUGAAGUUGUCAUCCUGGAGCUCGAUCCAUCAACAAAAUCCAGGAUUUUUGACUCCAAAAAUUAACAUUCUGAUUUCAGGUCAACAAAGUCCCCUCACGACCUCCAGUCCCAUCAACAGCAGAAUGUCUACAAGAGAGAGUCAAGGGAGCCCUCCAAAGCCCCAAAAAGUUGAUUACGAUGGACUCCUGGAGGCUCAGAGGGACAAAAGUGUCCUGAUCAUCGAUGUCAGGGAGCAGAUGGAGAUCGACGAGACUGGGAAACUCCCUGGGAGCAUUCACAUCCCCAUGGGAGACGUGUCUAAGGUCCUGGAGGUCCUCCCUGAUGACGAGUUCCAAAAAAAAUACGAAAAACCGAAGCCAGGGAAGGAAACAAAGAUAAUCCUGAGCUGCAGAGCUGGAAUGAGAAGUGCAAAAGUCCAAGAUGAGCUGGAAAAAUUGGGAUAUCAGAAUGCCUGGAACUACCCUGGGGGCUGGGGUGAAUGGGAAAGCAAACAAAAGUCCUGAGGACAUCGAAAAUUCCCUCCAAACUCACGAACUUUAUUUAUAAAAAUUGUUAAUCACAAUCUGAUUGUUAAAUACUCAUGAAAACCAUGGAACCCCUGUCCUUUGUUACUAAUAAAUAAAUAAAACAAAA